GUAUAUUAUUAUAAUAUGGUAAUAAAACCACGUGCACAGUCUUCUUCCGACGGGGUGUUGCGACAGAGUGAUAAUAACGACAAUAAUAAUUCUCCGGACCGCAUAAACGCUAUCAACGUACGAAAUGAUUUCGUCAACGUUCUGCACAUUGUCGCUAUUUGGUAUUGCGAUGUUGAUUUCAUGUAGCUUCGGGCGAUUUACGACGGAACAAAUCGAUCAUUAUGGAAAAGCGUGCAACGCCACCGAAGAUGAUCUCGUCAUAGUCAAAUCCUACAAGGUACCAACUUCAGAAACUGGAAAGUGCCUGAUGAAAUGUAUGAUCAGCAAACUAGGACUGCUGAACGACGAUGGAUCAUACAACAAAACUGGCAUGGAAGUGGGGUUGAAGAAAUACUGGUCGGAAUGGUCUACAGACACAAUUGAGAAUAUAAACAACAAGUGUUAUGAAGAAGCGUUACUAGUGUCAAAGGACAUAAUAGCGACUUGCAAUUAUGCAUAUGUGGUGAUGGCGUGCUUGAACAAGCAGUUGAAACUUGACAAAUCAACUUGAAACUGUUUGGCAUAUUGAAGAGAUAACCGAAUGGAUAUACUAAAACGCGCCAUAUAUUAUUUUUUCAUUUUAAAAUCAUAAUAUUUCUACUAUUAAGAUUACUUUUACACUUAAAUGCUAUGUAUUAAACAAUAUAGUUUAUAGUUAAUUAUAAUAAAUACAUAUAAAUGUAUAUACAUACAAUUAGUUUUUGGUUGUCACACUUUAGGAUUUAAAUGAUAUUUUCUGGUUUCCUUGAUCCGACAGCGAUCACCUUGACAC